AUGGAAGAAGCACACUUUGGCAAAUUUAUAAACGAGACAAUAACAUUUGCUGUUUAUUCUUAUCUUAUUGUUGAUGGAAUACUUCAAGACUAUCCGCUCUGUCAAAACAACCACGGCUGGAGUAUCAUGACUACAUUAACACGCUUCGGAUUCAGUCUACUUUUGAAUACUUUUUAUUUGGGUUGGCUUAAAUGUGCCCAAGUCAUUCUGAACCCAUUUGGUCUCGAUGAUGACGAUUUCGAAGCUUGCGCAUUAAUCGAUAUGUAUCAACGAUCGUUAGCGGCAAUUUUCACUAGACCGGAAACGUUACAACCAGUUGGAAGGCACACCUAUGGCCGACUACCACAUACCGUAGGCAGCGCCUUAAUGGGGUAA